AUGCGAUUAAGCUGUGUCUCUGAUCUCAUUGCAGAUGAGGAGGAGAUGUCAGAGAGCGAGGCCCCGAAGGUGAAGAAAAAGAAGAAGGCCAAAAAGAGCCGGGAGAGCAAAAGUAGCAAGAGGCGUAACUCUCGCAGAGAGGUAGGCUACUGUGAUAUGACCACGUCUCUUAUCAUAUUUGUACAUUCUUGGGAUGCACCAUGUCUUGUUUGUUGGUCAAUUGGCCCAAAACUCAAACAUUAGCUUGUAGACCAAGAAGGCAGGUAAAAUACUAUAUUGUAUAUUUUUACAUCCUUUCCAGAGGACUGGUUCAGGGACCCCAUUGUCUCAGAUCAGAUAGCGCAGCAGAGACACGCUACCUGUCGGAAGACAGUAGGCUUACUCAUAACCACCCUGUGUCCCCUCCAGGAUGUGCCUAUGAGCUCCCCCGAGGCCAUGGAGACCCCAGAGGUGGACAGAGAUGAGGAGCGAGCGGUGCCCCACUCGGACAGCGAGGGCAGCGACUACAACCCGGGGAAGAAGAAGAAGAAAAACAGGGGGAGCACUUCCAAGGAGAAGAAGAGGAGCAGCACCAGCACUGACAGAAACGGCGGAGGAAAGGACAAGAGGAAGGACCCUGAACCUGAGGAAGAGGAGGAUGAGGACGAUGAUGACGAUAGCUCGGUAAGAGUUUAGUUUGAGGAUGGAGAGUUGUGGAGGGGGGGACGGUAUUAAAGUUAACCAAAUAAUAUUUCAUGGUGUUAAUUGAAUUGUAAUUAUGCAACUAAAACCCAUUUAAUAGCUCCACAGAAAGUGAUUGAAUGAGCUACCUGUAAUCUCUAGCUGUAUAUAAGAGUAGACUACCACUAGGGUGCCUGGUAGUGGUAAUUGCACUUAGUGAGGGAAAAAAAGUAUUUGAUCCCCUGCUGAUUUUGUACGUUUGCCCACUGACAAAGAAAUGAUCAGUCUAUAAUUUUAAUGGUAUGUUUAUUUGAACAGUGAGAGACAGAAUAACAACAAAAAACUCCAGAAAACGCAUGUCAAAAGUGUUAUAAAUUGAUUUGCAUUUUAAUGAGGGAAAUAAGUAUUUGACCCCCUCUCAAUCAGAAAGAUUUCUGGCUCCCAGGUGUCUUUUUAUUCAGGUAAUGAGCUGAGAUUAGGAGCACACUCUUAAAGGGAGUGCUCCUAAUCUCAGCUUGUUACCUGUAUAAAAUACACCUGUCCACAGAAGCAAUCAAUCAAUCAGAUUCCAAACUCUCCACCAUGGCCAAGACCAAAGGGCUCUCCAAGGAUGUCAGGGACAAGAUUGUAGACCUACACAAGGCUGGAAUGGGCUACAAGACCAUCGCCAAGCAGCUUGGUGAGAAGGUGACAACAGUUGGUGCGAUUAUUCGCAAAUGGAAGAAACACAAAAGAACUGUCAAUCUCCCUCAGCCAGGGGCUCCAUGCAAGAUCUCACCUCGUGGAGUUGCAAUGAUCAUGAGAACGGUGAGGAAUCAGUCCAGAACUACACGGGAGGAUCUUGUCAAUGAUCUCAAGGCAGCUGGGACCAUAGUCACCAAGAAAACAAUUGGUAACACACUACGCCGUGAAGGACUGAAAUCCUGCAGCGCCCGCAAGAUCCCCCUGCUCAAGAAAGCACAUAUACAGGCCUGUCUGAAGUUUGCCAAUGAACAUCUGAAUGAUUCAGAGGAGAACUGGGUGAAAGUGUUGUGGUCAGAUGAGACCAAAAUCGAGCUCUUUGGCAUCAACUCAACUCGCCGUGUUUGGAGGAGGAGGAAUGCUGCCUAUGACCCCAAGAACACCAUCCCCACCGUUAAACAUGGAGGUGGAAACAUUAUGCUUUGGGGGUGUUUUUCUGCUAAGGGGACAGGACAACUUCACUACAUCAAAGGGACGAUGGACGGGGCCAUGUACCGUCAAAUCUUGGGUGAGAACCUCCUUCCCUCAGCCAGGGCAUUGAAAAUGGGUCGUGGAUGGGUAUUCCAGCAUUACAAUGACCCAAAACACACGGCCAAGGCAACAAAGGAGUGGCUCAAGAAGAAGCACAUUAAGGUCCUGGAGUGGCCUAGCCAGUCUCCAGACCUUAAUCCCAUACAAAAUCUGUGGAGGGAGCUGAAGGUUUGAGUUGCCAAACGUCAGCCUCGAAACCUUACUGAUUUACAUGACAUUUUAGUCAUUUAGCAGACGCUCUUAUCCAGAGCGACUUACAGUUAGUGAAUACAUAUAUUUUUUUUAUACUGGCCCCCUGUGGGAAUCGAACCCACAACCCUGGCGUUGCAAACGCCAUGCUCUAUCAACUGAGCUACAUCCCUGCCGGCCAUUCCCUCCCCUACCCUGGGCCAAUUGUGCGCCGCCCAUGAGUCUCCCGGUCGCGGCCGGCUGCGACAGAGCCUGGAUUCGAACCAGGAGCUCUAGUGGCACAGUUAGCACUGCGAUGCGGCGCCUUAGACCACUGCGCCACUCAGGAGACUUGGAGAAGAUCUGCAAAGACAAGUGGAACAAAAUCCCUCCUGAGAUGUGUGCAAACUUGGUGGCCAACUACAAGAAACGUCUGACCUCUGUGAUUGCCAACAAGGGUUUUGCCACCAAGUACUAAGUCAUGUUUUUGCAUUUCCCUCAUUAAAAUGCAAAUCAAUUUAUAACAUUUUCGACAUGCGUUUUUCUGGAUUUUUUUGUUGUUAUUCUGUCUCUCACUGUUCAAAUAAACAUACCAUUAAAAUUAUAGACUGAUCAUGUCCUUGUCAGUGGGCAAACGUUCAAAAUCAGCAGGGGAUCAAAUACUGUUUUCCCUCACUGUAUGCAAUGACACACAGUCAUUGUCAAGGCAAGAACAUGGUAUAACUGUAUGCGGCUUCAAAUAACCGAGUAGCUAUUGAACACAAUGGCACCACUCAGAGGGCAAGAAAUAGUCCCACCACAAUAGUCCAGUCAGUAUGGAAAAGACUGGAAAAUAACCACUUUUACGCCAACUUUCAUGUUGAAUUGUCUCAUCUAGGAGCCAAAGACGUCGUCACAGCUCCUGGAUGACUGGGGAAUGGAGGACAUUGACCACGUCUUCAGCGAAGAGGACUACCGCUCCCUCACCAACUACAAGGCCUUCAGCCAAUAUGUCAGGUAACGAGAUUGUCCUUAUCAAUGCUUGCGGCAUGAAUUGUAUUUUAAGCUUUAUCUCUUUCUAACCCCCAUUUGCUCUUAAACUAUUGCUCACCCUGAUCUCGUCUUUUUUUGGCCUCAUUACUCACCAUCCACCCCAUCGCUCCCUCAGACCCCUCAUUGCGGCCAAGAACCCCAAGAUCGCAGUGUCCAAGAUGAUGAUGGUACUGGGUGCCAAGUGGCGUGAGUUCAGCACCAACAACCCCCUGAGAGGCUCCGCCGCGGCCAAUGCCGCCCUGGCUGCCGCCAACGUUUCUGCUGCCGUGGACAGCAUGGUGGCGGAGGUCGCUCCCACUCCCGCACCCGCCCCGGUCGCCGAGCCCCAGCUACCGCCUGCCCCGCCUCUGAAAAAGGCCAAGACCAAAGAGGGCAAAGGUCCAAAUGCUCGUAAGAAGUCCAAGCCGACCCCCAAGCCCGCAGAGAAGAAGAAAGUGGCUACAAAGAAGGUGGCUCCGCUCAAGAUCAAACUAGGAGGCUUCAACAGCAAGAGAAAACGCUCCUCGGUAAGUGCUUUCACUUUCUUUUUCUCUUCCUUCUCCUUUGUCACGUUUCUCGCUCUGUCUACAUGUCCCCCAUUUGCAACCAUUUCUAUCUCUCAUUCUCUCCCCUUGCACCUGCUUAGUGAUGGAGGGAAAAAUAGUUACAUUAUGAUUUAUUUUUCACAAUGUAUCAUUUUGACUAUCGCAGUAUUAUUUUUGCAAUAGUUGGCUUUUACCUCCAUCACAACUCUAGUAUUUUUCCUUCAUAGCUUGUUCGCCAUCUUCUUUUUACAUAUGGAGCCAAUUUUUCAGCACUUUUAUUUCCAUGACUGAUCAAACUUGUUUUCUCAUGGCUCUCUUGUCCCUCUGCAGCAGACAUGGUGAGCAAUAUGUUUGGAACAUCGAAUCGCAAUAAAUAGAAUCGUGAGAAUCGCAAUACUUAGGUGCAGAUACGAUAUGUAUCAUUAUAUAAUAUUGUAUUGUGAGGUCCCUGGCAAUUCCCAGCCUUACUGUUUAGUCACCUCUUUCUCGCUCAUUUUGAGUUUCUUGACGAGGAAGACAUUUGUCAUUUGGUAUAGAUGCCUUCAACCUAGAGACACAUUUCUCCUGAAAAGGAAGUUCCUAACCUUUCACUCUCUCGCUCUCUGUGUGUGUGUUCCUAUCAGAGUGAGGAGGAUGAGCCCGACGUGGAGAGUGACUUUGACGACGCCAGCAUGAACAGUGUGUCCGUGUCGGACGGCUCCAACAGCCGCAGCAGCCGCUCCAAGAAGCCCAAGAUCAAGCCCAAGAAGAAGAAGGGUCAGUACUCUGCAGGUGUGUCUCUCUCCCAUGGCUGUGAUACAGUAUUUCUCCAGCCCAAUAAAAAGUGGUCUUGAGAUGCUAGACCCCACAGCUGUAGUUUGUGCGUGUAUGCAUGUCCAAUUUGCCAUGACUCAGUCAGUACCACUCAGUCUUACUGCGUCACUAGAAGAUUGUUUUCAUGAGGGCAGUAUCCAGCAUCUUCUUCCUUUUUUAAAUAGUUUGACACCCGCUGAUGCAUUCAGUAGACAAGCUCUUCCGUCAGCGCGUUGAUACAUAUCGGCCAGGAGAUUUGAAAUGCUUCCUAAAUUCAAUUGCAUAUGAAGUACUCCACCUACACAGUAAAAGGGAGAGGCAAAAAAAACUAUGCGCAUUCCGUAAUGUUUAAUUCUACAACACUUUAUAAAAUGGUUAUUUUCGACCAUUUACAUUUGAGUCAUUUAUCAGACGCUCUUAUCCAGAGCGACUUACAGUUAGUGAGUGCCUACAUUAUGUUUUUCAUACUGGCCCCCCGUGGGAAUCGAACCCACAACCCUGGCGUUGCAAACGCCAUGCUCUAUCAACUGAGCUACAUCCCUGCCGGCCAUUCCCUCCCCUGCCCUGGACGACGCUGGGCCAAUUAUUCGCCGCCCCAUGGGCCUCCCGGUCACGGCCGGCUACGACAGAGCCUGGAUUCGAACCAGGAUCUCUAGUGACACAGCUAGCACUGCGAUGCAGUGCCUUAGACCACUGCGCCACUCGGGAGGUGACCAUACAUUAUGAUUAUAAUGAGCGUUCCUCACAAUAUAUAAAACAGCUAAAGUGUUAUAGCAUUACUGGUAUUUCAUUAAGGGUGCUUGUCAAACAACAUGUUGAAAAGGCAUUCCUCUUUUGGGUAAAUGUUGUUCUGGAAAUGUGCCGUAUCUGUACUGAACAAAAAUAUAAAUGCAACAUGUAAAGUGUUGGUCCCAUGUUUCAUGAACUGAAAUAAAAGAUCCCACACAUCACAAUGCCACAGAUGUCUCACGUUUUGAGGGAGCAUGCAAUUGGCAUGCUGACUGCAGGAAUGUCCAUCAGAGCUGUUGCCAGAUAAUUGAAUGUUCAACUCUCUACCAUAAGCCACCUCCAACGUGGAUUUAGAGAAUUUGGCAGAACGUCCAACCGGCCUCACAACCACAGACCACGUGUAACCUGCCAGCCCAGGACCUCCACAUCCGUCUUCUUCUGAGACCAUCCUCCCAGACAACUGAUGAAACUGUGGGUUUGCACAACCGAAAGAUUUCUGCACAAACUUUCAGAAACUGUCUCAGGGAAGGAAGCUCAUCUGCGUAGUCGUUGUCCUCACCAGGGUCUUGACCUGACUGCAAUUCGGCGUUGUAACUAACUUCAGUCGGCAAAUGCUAACCUUGGAUGGCCACUGGCACGCUGGAGAAGUGUGCUCUUCACAGAUGAAUCCCGGGUUCAACUGUACCAGGCAGAUGGCAGACAGUGUGUAUGGCAUCGUGUGGGCGAGCAGUUUGCUGAUGUCCGCGUUGUGAACAGAGUACCCCGUGGUGGUGGGGUUAUGGUAUGGGCAGGCAUCUGUGCCAUCACCUCAUGUUUCAGCAUGAUAAUGCACAGCCCCAUGUCGCAAGGAUCUGUACACAAUUACAGGAAGCUGAAAAUGUCCCUGUUCUUCCAUGGCCUGCAUACUCAUUGAGCAUGUUUGGGAAGCUCUGGAUCAAUGUGUACGACAGCGUGUUCCAGUUCCCACCAAUAUCCAGCAACUUCUCACAGCCAUUGAAGAGGAGUGGGAUAACUUUCCACAGGCCACAAUCAACAGCCUGAUCAACUCUAUGAAAGGAGAUGUGCGCCUACCAGAUGAACUAAAUGCCUUUUUAUGCUCGCUUCAAGGCAAGCAACACUGAAGCAUGCAUGAGACCACCAUGCUCUCCGUAGCCGAUGUUAGCAAGACCUUUUAAACAGGUCAACAUUCACAAAGCCGCAGGGCCAGACAAAUUACCAGGACGUGUACUCAAAGCAUGCGUGGAUCAACUGGCAAGUGUCUUCACUGACAUUUUCAAUCUCUCCCUGACCGAGUCUGUAAUACCUACAUGUUUCAAACAGACCACCAUAGUCCCUGUGCCCAAGAAAGCGAAGGUAGCCUGUCUAUAUUAUUACUGCCACGUAGCACUCAUGUCAGUAGCCAUGAAGUGCUUUGAAAGGCUGGUCAUGGCUCACAUCAACACCAUCAUGCCGGAAACCCUAGACCCGUUCCAAUUCGCAUACCGCCCCAACAGAUCCACAGAUGACGAAAUCUCAAUCGCACUCCACACUGCCCUUUCCCAUCUGGACAAAAUGAACACCUAUGUGAGAAUGCUGUUCAUUGACUACAGCUCAGCAUUCAACACCAUGGUGCCCACAAAGCUCAUCACUAAGUUAAGGACCCUGGGACUAAACACCUCCCUCUGCAACUGGAUCCUGGACUUCCUGACAGGCUGCACCCAGGUGGUGAGGGUAGGCAACAACACAUCUGCCACGCUGAUCCUCAACACGGGGGCCCCUCAGGGGUGCGUGCUUAGUCCCCUCCUGUACUCCCUGUUCACCCACGACUGCGUGGCCAAGCACGACUCCAACACCACUAAGUUUGCUGACGACACAACAGUGGUAGGCCUGAUCACCGACAACGAUGAGACAGCCUAUAGGGAGGUCAGAGACCUGGCAGUGUGGUGCCACGACAACAACCUCUCCCUCAAUGUAAGCAAGACAAAGGAGCUGAUCGUGGACUAUAGGAAAAGGAGGGCCGAACAGGCCCCCAUUAACAUCGAUCGAUGGGGCUAUAGUGGAGCAGGUAGAGAAUUUAAAGUUCCUUGGUGUCCACAUCACCAACGAACUAUCAUGGUCCAAACACACCAAGACAGUUGUGAAGAGGGCAUGAUGAAACCUUUUCAAACUCAGGUGACUGAAAAGAUUUGGCAUGGGUCCUCAGAUCCUUAAGCAGUUCUACAGCUGCACCAUCGAGAGCAUCCUGACCGGUUGCAUCACCGCCUUGUAUGGCAGCUGCACGGCAUCUGACCAUAAGGCGCUACAGAGGGUAGUGCGUACGGCCCAGUACAUCACUGGUGCCAAGCUUCCUGACAUCCAGGACCUAUAUACUAGGCGGUGUCAGAGGAAGGCCCAAAAAAUGGUCAAAGACUCCCGUCACCCUAGUCAUAGACUGUUCUCUCUGCUACCGCACCGCAAGCGAUACCGGAGCGCCAUGUCUAGGACCAAAAGGUUCCUUAACAGCUUCUACCCCCAAGCCAUAAGACUGCUGAACAAUUAAUCAAAUGGCCACCAGGACUAUUUACAUUGAUCCCCACCACCCCCCUUUGUUUUUACACUGCUGCUAUUCGCUGUUUAUUAUCUAUGCACAGUCACUUUACAAAUUACUUCGACUAACCUGUACCCCCGCACAUUGACUCGGUACUGGUAGCCCCUGUAUAUAGUCUCGUUAUUGUUAUGUAAUUUUCUUGUUACUUUUUGAUUUGAUAUUUUUGCUUUAGUUUAUUUAGUAAAUAUUUUCUUAACUCUAUUUCUUGAACUGCAUUGGUUAAGGGCUUGUAAGUAAGCAUUUCACGGUAAGGUCUACACCUGUUGUAUUCGGCGCAUGUGACAUAACAUUUGAUUUGAGAUGUGUCGCGCUGCAUGAGGCAAAUGGUGGUCACACCAGAUAAGGUGUCUGUGACCAACAGAUGCAUAUCAGUAUUCCCAGUCAUGUGAAAUCCAUAGAUUAGUGCCUAAUGAAUUGAUUUCAAUUAACUGAUUUCCUUAUAUGUACUGUAAGUCAGUAAAAUCUUUGAAAUUGUUUCAUGUUGCAUUUAUAUUUUUGUUCAUUGUAGUUUGAAUUGCUCUCGCCCACUUCUCUCCUCUUAUUCCCUCUCUCCAGUUGAGGAGGAUGGUGACGGCUAUGAGACGGACCACCAGGACUACUGUGAGGUGUGCCAGCAGGGAGGGGAGAUCAUUCUGUGCGACACCUGUCCCAGGGCCUACCACAUGGUGUGUCUGGACCCCGACAUGGAGAACGCCCCAGAGGGGACCUGGAGCUGCCCGCACUGCGUGAGUGACACCUUUUACUAAGGCAAUCAAUGGCUCUGUGGAGUAAGUGACGGGGGCAAUAUGGUACUGGUCAGUCAACAAGAAUGUCUGGCCAGUCGGCGUGACGAAAAAAGUCUGAGGAAAUUGUCGAGGGUAACGAGGAACUAUUCAUAUUGACCACCAUUAAUCAAUGAUCAUAAACUACUAGCUAGUAGUACUAUGGUAUAUGCUGGUACUAUUUGCGCUCAAAUAGCUCCAGUGCAUAACUGGCUUUGCUCCCCUACCAUUCAACCAGUUAACCCUUUCCCGUUGCUCUACUACCAUUCACAUUAACCCCUUCCCUCUCCCAUCCACAGGAGAAGGAGGGCAAACAGUGGGAGGCGCGGGAGGAGGGCUCAGAAGAAGAAGAGGAGGAGGAGGUGGAGGCCGAGCCAGAGGAGGACGACCACCACAUGGAGUUCUGCAGGGUGUGUAAGGACGGUGGCGAGCUGCUCUGCUGCGACUCCUGUCCUUCCUCCUACCACAUCCACUGUCUCAACCCACCCCUGCCUGAGAUCCCCAACGGAGAGUGGAUCUGUCCCCGCUGCACUGUGAGUGAACCAAUGGGGUGUGACCCGGAGGGUGAUUGACAUGGGGCACAGACAGUUAAAGAAAGUGAAUUUGUGACCCACCGUCUCUUUUCAGUCUUAUGUUCCAGAAUUUGAAAUGGUGUACAGACUCCGAGCUUCAAAAUGGCAUAUCAUACACUGUAGUUGGGGGAAACAUGAGGAAGUAAAGCUGCUUUAAAAGUGAAUGAACAUAUAACCCCAUUUAGGAGAAAAGGGCAUCAAACAUUUUGCUGUGAUUUUCACACUUGCUCUACAUUAAUCCUUGGGAGACAUAUUUAGAAAAGGGGUACUUUCACCAAAUUGCCAAAAUGGACUCCCCAUUAAGAAAACAAUUACAGUAUUGUCUGUUGUUGUAUAAUAAAGAUCAUCUUUCACAUUGAACAGCUACUGUGCUGUUCUUUGUCUACACCCAUGUAGCAUCGUUCACACCCUCUAAAGCCUUAGACUGACCCACCCAUCUCUUAAAGAAUUCACAUUGGAACACAUGCGAAUGUGGCCAUGUGCUAAAGCAGUGAGUUAGUGCUUAAGAAACACAAAAUAUUUCAACCAGCUACAUCAAGUGCUAAAGGUAGUAGCCUACAAUUUAGGAGACACUUAACACAUAAAGACUUAGGUAAAAACGAUCUAGACCUAGGCCUAUAUCAUAAGAUCCUUUGAGCAAGGCCUCCCGAGUGGUGCAGCGGUCUAAGGCACUGCAUUGCAGUGCUUGAGGCGUCACUACAGACCCCGGUUCGAUCCCAGGCUGUGUCACAGCCGGCCGUGACCGGGAGGCGCACAAUUGGCCCAGUGUCGUUCGGGUUAGGGGAGGGUUUUACCGGCCGGGAUUUCCUUGUCCCAUCGCGCUCUAGCGACUCCUUGUGGCGGGCCGGGUGCCUGCAAGCUGACUUCGGUCGCCAGUUGGACGGUGUUUCCUCCGACACAUUGGUGCUGCUGGCUUCCAGGUUCAGCGAGCAGUGUGUCAAGAAGCAGUGCGGCUUGGCAGGGUCGCGUUUUGGAGGACGCAUGUUUUGCAAAAGUCCUGAUCUUCUCAAAAAUAUGUUUGCCGGGGGAUGCUUUCACAUCUCUGGAAGGAAGGGUGUCAACAUUGCACCGCAGCUGAAACCUGGUUCCAGCUGAGUGAAAGCUCCUUGGCCACAACAACACCAGGCUCCAGACAAUUAAAGCUGUAAAGGAGGAAAGCAGACAAAAAUAGACAAGAUUAAAACCUUGCAUACCAGCAAUAACAUUCAUUGACCCCAAGUCCAAGCAAUAAACUCAAAGUACAAUUGCUCCUGUAAGUCGCUCUGGUUAAGAGCGUCUGCUAAAUGACUAAAAUGUAAAUGUAAAUGUAAGACAAAAUACCUGAAGUGUUGCUUGUUCACCCUCAAUCAUCUCCUUUUACUGGUGGCGGAGAGCAGAUUUAUGCUGAAAGACAAAUUCCAGAAAAAUAUAGCCUGUUGACUGCUACAACUGUACUAAAAUGCCCUGUGGCUGUUUUUGGUAGCUAGCUAGUUAAACAUGACAAACUGGCAAACAACAUUACUGUAACAGCGGAAUGCAACUGCCCAGCUCAGCGAACUGUGAUUUUCACAUUUUAUUUAUUUUUACAGAUUACAUACUGGUUUGUUAUUAAGGCACAUGAAAGUUCACAUGUUAAAGAAGGCAUUUCUGCAAAAAAAAUGCAUUAUGAUGAAAACAUAUUUUUUACCGUUCAAAUGCCUCUCCUGUGAAGUAGUGACAUGCGACAUAUGCCCAGAUUUCUCUAACGGGUCAUAUAUUUAACUUCCCAAAUUGAAACCUAGCUCAUACCCUCUUGGAUAGUGUAUGGGAAAACCAAACUAAAUGGUUGAAUGCAAUGUAACAUUACCUAGCUUAUCUGUAGACAAGGCAUUUUCACCAUGCCAUUAUGAUCAGUUUGUCAUGAAAAGUGAACGGUUUAAAAACGUUUGACCUAUUCAUUGACUCUCCCCUCUUCUCCUCAGUGUCCACCCAUGAAGGGCAAGGUGCAGAAGAUUCUGACGUGGCGCUGGGGCGACCCCCCUCCGCCCACGCCCAUCCCCCGCCCCCCAGACCUCCCGGCUGAUCAGCCCGACCCCGCCCCUCUGGCCGGGCGCCCUGAGAGGGAGUUCUUCGCCAAAUGGAGCAACAUGUCCUACUGGCACUGCUCCUGGGUGUCUGAGCUGCAGGUAUGUACGCACAUACACACACAGGCAUGUAUUAAAGAUUUACGCUUGGCCGCUACUUUACAGGCAAUCGCAAUCAUACACACCUACCCUCAGUUGGCUUGUUGCAGAUCUUAUUUUCGCUUCUCAGUCGCACACUGAAACAAACACAAACAAAAGCGUUCAAACAAAGACGCACUUCUUUCUCACUCAAAUUGAUUAAAGAAGAGCUUUAAUGUUAGACCCACGUUCGAGAACACACACACUUCCCCCUUUCACCCACCCUUUCCCCUCUUCCUAGUUGGAGCUGCACUGUCAGGUGAUGUUCAGGAACUACCAGAGGAAGAAUGACAUGGACGAGCCUCCUUCAAUAGACUUUGGUGAGGGGGAUGAGGAAAAGAGCACCAAGAGGAAGGCCAAGGACCCGCUCUACGCCAAGAUGGAGGAGAAGUACUACCGCUUCGGCAUCAAGAUAGCCUGGAUGAUGAUUCACCGCAUCCUUAACCACAGGUCAGACAAGAAUCAAGGACUGGCUCCUAAAUGUGAUUCAAAUGUAUUUUAGUCUCAUUUGAGAGAUAACAUUUCCAAAAUGGCAGCAGAUUUUUAGUUGCAAGGCCAUACAGUUAUAGUCUUUGUAAAUAGUGUCAAGUCGAUGGAAAGGAGAACUCCCGCACACAUGAUUACCUCUGCAUGUGUUUGUCAGUUGAAGGGUUUCUCCUCAUGGUGCAAAUCUGCCAUUGGUCAAAGCAAUAAUUUUAACCAAUCAGUUGCGAAUACCUACCGGAUGUCAUUUUCAACACCCAAGUUUUGCCUGUUUGUGCGCUGCAGUCAGGACAAGAAGAACAACAUCCACUACCUCAUCAAGUGGAAAGACCUGCCCUACGACCAGGCCACCUGGGAGGCCGAGGACAUGGACAUCCCAGAGUUCGACAUCUUCAGAAUGCAGUACUGGAACCACAGGUAACUAAUGCACUAUUGCCACCACCUCUAUAUUGCGUAGAUGAAAUUAAGGAGUUUCUUCUUUCUCCCUUUGUCUGUUUACGAGGGUAACAAUAUUCUCUGUUUGUUUCAGGGAGCUGAUGAUGGGUGAUGAGGGUAAACCAGGGAAGAAGAUGAAGGUGAAAGGCAAGACGAAGAGGUUGGACCGGCCUCCUGAGAACCCUGUCGUUGAUGUAAGUGGAGUUGUAACUUUUAUUGGAGUCUUAUGUCUUUUAUCAGAGAUAUGGUUUCUCUUGAUUUAUAAGGUAUUCCUGAUCAUCAUAAAUUGUUUCAGUAUAUUACUGUUAAAAUGGCCUUUUAGCCUCUUCUGCAGCUCUAAGUCGUGCCAAUCACAUAAAUCCCGUAUGUUGCAUAUUUACUGCAUAGUGUGUCUUGACUUCAACAGUAACUCACUUCUCCAUCUCCCAUCUCUUCAGCCCACCAUCAAGUUUGAGCGGCAGCCUGACUACCUGGACAGUACGGGAGGCAACCUGCACCCCUACCAGCUGGAGGGUCUCAACUGGCUGCGCUUCUCCUGGGCACAGGGCACAGACACUAUCCUGGCUGACGAGAUGGGUCUGGGCAAGACUGUGCAGACUGCCGUGUUCCUCUACUCACUCUACAAAGAGGUAUGUGUGUGACGGAGAACGGGGGUGAACGUGCAUGUAUUAGAGUUAAUAACUUUCAAUUUGACCUUUCAAAAUGUUAACUAUAGCUUCUAACUUUUUAUUUGUUGAUAAAUGUCAUUGUUUACGUGUUUUUGUUGUUGUUGUAGGUAGCCAUUAGUUAAAGCGAAACUGAUUUAGAAAUGCCAACUUGGCAUAUAGCUCCCUUGGCAGCCUUAUUGGCCAAUACCAGGCCAGCCAUUUUGUAUAAAUCAGGUGAAAUCUGACGACAUUAAGCUUGAGCUUUGUGUCAACCCUCUUGGGGGGGGGGGGGGGGGAGUGAUCACAUGGAGACUACUGCCACCUAUUGGUUGGAGUGUAGAAUGCAAUGCCUUUGACAACACCAUUUAUUUACAUUAGAAUUAUAGAUCUAUGAAUGUUACAUGAAAAAUGAUAUUUCUUUAUUAAAUUAGCUGUGGCUCAGUUGGUAGAGCAUGGCACUGGCAACACCAAGGGUACUGGGUUCGAUUCCAACUGGGGCCACCCAUACAAAUUAUCUUAUUUUAAUUAAAAAAUGUUCUUUCCCCCUCAUAGGGUCACUCCAAGGGCCCGUUCCUGGUGAGCGCCCCCCUGUCCACCAUCAUUAACUGGGAGAGAGAGUUUGAGAUGUGGGCCCCGGACAUGUACGUGGUGACCUACGUAGGAGACAAGGACAGCAGAGCUGUCAUCAGAGAGAAUGAGUUCUCCUUCGAGAACAAUGCCAUCCGCGGAGGCAAGAGAGCUUCUAAGAUGAAGGUGAGAAUGAUGGGGAAAAUGUGUUAAAAUGAAAACUGAUAAAAUGUACUUUGUUGAUAAACGACAGUUCUAAAGUUGGUAUUCUGUUGAAGUAAGGAAAUACUAGCUGUGUCAAUAUGUCACGAUAAGCUCACUCCUUCAAUGAUAUGCUGGUGUGUGUCACAUUUUUAACCGUCCCCCCCGUUGUGGUCAUGCAGAAAGACUCAUCUGUGAAGUUCCAUGUGCUGCUGACGUCGUAUGAGUUGAUCACCAUCGACAUGGCCAUCCUAGGAUCCAUAGACUGGGCCUGUCUGGUGGUCGAUGAGGCCCACAGGCUCAAAAACAACCAGUCCAAGGUGAGAGAUUAGAGUUGAUGACUCCUAUAACCUGUCUAUGGUGAAGGUUUAAAGAGCUUGUGCUAUGGAGGUAGUUUACCUGUUUUGUGCAACAUAUUCCCUUAUUCAGGAAAAAUAUCCAUUUGGAAGUAUAAGGGUAUUGAGGCAUCCCAAAUUCUAUUUCUCAUUAUUUGGAUAUCCUGAUUGUAUUAAGUACAAUGAAACUCUACCUAAGCUGGUAUGGCUGAAGGUACCAUUGAGGAAUACAAAAGUGUGCCUUUUUUUGUUGAGUAACACUUUUUUCUCUCUCUCUCUCCUCCAGUUCUUUAGGGUGCUGAACAACUAUCCUCUCCAGCACAAGCUGCUACUGACCGGUACACCUCUACAGAACAACCUGGAAGAGUUGUUCCACCUCCUCAACUUCCUCACGCCAGAGAGAUUCAGGUGUGUGUGUAUACACAAUCUGACCGCAUUACUCCCCAUACUUUCCCACUCAAUCCCAACAACCACUUCACAUCACCUGUAUCACACCCCACACAUCUUAGACCAGUUAUUAUAGAGUUAACCUUUACUUCCUUUCCUGCAUCUUCCUUUCUCUGUGUAGUAACCUGGAGGGUUUCCUGGAAGAGUUUGCUGAUAUCGCCAAAGAGGACCAGAUCAAGAAGCUGCAUGACAUGCUGGGACCCCACAUGCUCAGGAGACUGAAGGCUGACGUCUUCAAACACAUGCCUUCCAAGACGGAGCUCAUCGUCAGGGUGGAGCUCAGCCCCAUGCAGAAGUGAGUGAACGUGGGAUAGUGGGAGGGAUAAGGUGUAGUGAAGGGGUAAAUUGAAUAGUGGUAAGCCAAUUAUAUUGGCUAAAAGGUGUGAUGUGGUCAAAUAUAUAUAUAGUUAGAAUGAUUAGUUAUCUUCCAUAGACUUUACUUAAUUAAACACAAUCUUCCCUUGAGAUACUCAAAUCAUGAGAACUUUACAAUAUAAUUGGACUGGGGAAGUGGUAUUAAAUGUUGAUUUUCUUAUUGUCUUUAUCUUUUUAGGAAGUACUACAAAUUCAUCCUCACCCGUAACUUUGAGGCCCUGAACACACGAAGUGGUGGAAACCAAGUAUCCCUGCUCAAUGUAGUGAUGGACCUCAAGAAGUGCUGCAAUCACCCCUACCUCUUUCCUGUGGCUGCCAUGGUACAACCCACAUACCAAUGUUGUUAUGGAUAAGUGGGGGGGGAGGCAUUCAUUGUGUAUACGCAGUCUUCGAUACUGUUUGCAUCUAGCAGUUGUAACUUAUGUAGUCUUUUGCUGUAAGACUUUAUAUAACUGAGGCUCUGACUCUUGAUUGGUUCCCCCCCCCCCCCCCAAAUAGGAAGCCCCAAAGAUGCCCAAUGGAAUGUACGACGGCAGCGCCCUCACUAAGUCUGCCGGGAAACUGACUCUAUUGCAGAAGAUGAUGAGGAAGCUGAAAGACGGAGGGCACAGAGUUCUCAUCUUCUCUCAGGUUAGUUACCCAACACACACCAUUUAAAAAACGUUAUUUAAAUCCACAAAUCACAUUACAUCUAGAAGGAUUCAACCAUUUCAAAGGUCUUGGAGACACUUAUCGAUACAAAAAGCACACAGACACACAUGGACACUGCUUACCCUUUUAGAUUAUUUUAUAGAUUGAAAAUGAUUUUGCCUCUUGCAUCAACUUUGUUUAAUCACCGCCCAUUCACUCCCUCUGUAUUAGAUGACCAAGAUGCUUGACCUGCUGGAGGACUUCCUGGAGAACGAGGGCUACAAGUACGAGCGUAUCGACGGAAGCAUCACCGGGGGCAUGAGACAGGAGGCCAUAGACAGAUUCAAUGGUGAGGCUCACCCAACACUGACUUCCUCAUUCACACUCUGAAAUGGCUGUAGACACAGUGAUAUAGUAGAGUGUAUAUUAUAUAGUUGAGUCUUUAGGUGUAUAUAUCCCAUCAUUGUUUGAUAUCGAAAGUGAUUGAUAUAGAUAAUAGUUGAUGUAGAAAGCAGGGUUUUUUCUGGAUCAAAAAGGGGCUUAGGUGGUGGUCGGCACGACUGAAUUUGUUCCGGUCCCUUGGCAAGAAACUCCCCAGCUGGGUGGUACAGAUAUAUUUGUUGUAUUUUUAAGCCAUUACUGCAAUUCUAAACUCAGCAAAAAAAAAAGAAACUUCCUCUCACUGUCAACUGCGUUUAUUUUCAGCAAACUUAACGUGUAAAUUAUUUGUAUGAACAUAACAAGAUUCAACAACUGAGACAUAAACUGAACAAGUUCCACAGACAUGUGACUAACAAAAUGAAAUAAUGUGUCCCUGAACCAAGGGGGGGGGGGGGUCAAAAUCAAAAGUAACAGUCAGUAUCUGGUGUGGCCACCAGCUGCAUUAUGUACUGCAGUGCAUCUCCUCCUCAUGGACUGCACCAGAUUUGCCAGUUCUUGCUGUGAGAUGUUACCCCACUCUUCCACCAAGGCACCUGCAAGUUCCCGGACAUUUCUGGGGGGAAUGGCCCUAGCUCUCACCCUCCGAUCCAACAGGUCCCAGACGUGCUCAAUGGGAUUGAGUUCCGGGCUCUUCGCUGGCCAUGGCAGAACACUGACAUUCCUGUCUUGCAGGAAAUCACGCACAGAACGAGCAGUAUGGCUGGUGGCAUUGUCAUGCUGGAGGGUCAUGUCAGGAUGAGCCUGCAGGAAGGGUAGCACAUGAGGGAGGAGGAUGUCUUCCCUGUAACGCACAGUGUUGAGAUUGCCUGCAAUGACAACAAGCUCAGUCCAAUGAUGCUGUGACACACCGCCCCAGACCAUGACGGACCCUCCACCUCCAAAUCGAUCCCGCUCCAGACUACAGGCCUCGGUGUAACGCUCAUGCCUUCGACGAUAAACGCGAAUCCGACCAUCACCCCUGGUGAGACAAAACUGCGACUAGUCAGUGAAAAGCACUUUUUGCCAGUCCUGUCUGGUCCAGCGACGGUGGGUUUGUGCCCAUAGGCGACGUUGUUGCCGGUGAUGUCUGGUGAGGACCUGCCUUACAACAGGCCUACAAGCCCUCAGUCCAGCCUCUCUCAGCCUAUUGCGGAUAGUCUGAGCACUGAUGAUUGUGCAUUCCUGGUGUAACUCAGGUAGUAGUUGUUGCCAUCCUGUACCUGUCCAGCAGGUGCAAUGUUUGGAUGUACCGAUCCUGUGCAGGUGUUGUUACACGUGGUCUGCCACUGCAAGGACGAUCAGCUGUCCAUCCUGUCUCCCUGUAGCGCUGCUGUCUUAGGCGUCUCACAGUACGGACAUUGCAAUUUAUUGCCCUGGCCACAUCUGCAGUCCUCAUGCCUCCUUGCAGCAUGCCUAAGGCACAUUCACGCAGAUGAGCAGGGACCCUGGGCAUCUUUCUUUUAGGUGUUUUUCAGAGUCAGUAGAAAGGCCUCUUUAGUGUCCUAAGUUUUCCUAACUGUGACCUUAAUUGCCUACCGCCUGUAAGCUGUUAGUGUCUUAACGACCGUUCCACAGGUGCAUGUUCAUUAAUUGUUUGUGGUUCAUUGAACAAGCAUGGGAAACAGUGUUUAAACCCUUUACAAUGAAGAUCUGUGGAGUUAUUUGGAUUUUUACAAAUUAUCUUUGAAAGACAGGGUCCUGAAAAAGGAACGUUUAUUUUUUUGCUGAGUUUCCAUGGAGCUGAGACAUUUUUUGCAGUUUUAAAGAGAAUUUCCUACAAUUCUAUACAUUUUGCCAAGGUGCUGAGAGAUAACGUUGCAGUUUUUAAAGCAAAUUUCCUGCAAUUCUAUGCAUUUUGUGAUGGCUAAUGCUGUGUUUUUAUGCUCAACAUAAUAACAAAAAUCAUACUCCUGAAUUCAUAGGGCCUAUUGCAACCAUGGAUGGCCACUAGAUUAUCGCCAUGGCAAUUGCAACCAUUAUUGGUCACCUUAUGACUUCUCCCUAAAGCUGAUUUCGGGGUUAACUUGUAGUCUUACCAAGGUGAAUAGGACUGAUACUGUAGUUUUACUGUGGUAUCUAACACAGUAAAUGGGAGCUCCUGAUUUUGGGGGAAAGUGAUGUAAAACCACUGCAGUAGACUUGACAUUGUUGAAGGUUUCAGCUAAAUCACUGGUUUAUUCUUGUGGGUGCAUGUAAUCUAAAGUUACUAUCGUCUUAAGAAAACCAGCGAUAACACAGUGCUUCAUGGGAAGUUAUGCAUCUUCGUUGCAAUCCCUCCAUAGUUGUAGGAUUUUUUUAUUAUCCCUGACUGUCUAGCUUUUAUUUUGGUUAGUUCUCAAAGAUUAUAUUAAUACAAAAUAUAUAUGUCCUUUUCUACAUAGUUUAUAUCUGGCUUUAGUUGUUUAAAGAUGGAUUCUGCAGUAGGGGGGAACAGCGCCACUGACCGCCCUACCCCCAGUGUUGUUGUUGAUGUCGAGCUGAGGAGCGUUGUGCAGCAAUCUCAAUCUAUGUAUUUGUGUGUAUUUGUGUAUAUAUACAGUACCAGUUAAAAGUUUGGACACACCUAUUCAUUCAAGAGCUUUUCUUUAUUUUUACUGUUUUCUACAUUGUAGAAUAAUAGUGAAGACAUCAAACUAUGAAAUAACACAUAUGGAAUCAUGUAGUAUUGACUGACCUUCAUGUCUUAAAGUAAUGUUGGACAGUCGUUUCUCUUUGCUUAUUUGAGCUGUUCUUGCCAUAAUAUGGACUUGGUCUUUUACCAAAUAGGGCUAUCUUCUAUAUACCACCCCUACCUUGUCACAGUACAACUGGUUGGCUCAAACCUAUUAAGAAGGAAAGAAAUUCCACAAAUUAACUUUUAACAAGGCACACCUGUUAAUUGAAAUGCAUUCCAGGUGACUACCUCAUGAAGCUGGUUGAGAGAAUGCCAAGAGUGUGCAAAGCUGUCAUCAUGGCAAAGGGGGGCUACUUUGAAGAAUGUCAAAUAUUUGUUUAACACUUUUUGGUUACUACAUGAUUCCAUAUGUGUUAUGUAAUAGUUUUGAUGUCUUCACUAUUAUUCUACAAUGUAGAAAAUAGUAAAAAUAAAGAAAAACCCUUGAAUGAGUAGGUGUCCAAACUUUUGUGUGUAUGGUAUGUAUGUCACACUACAUGACCAAAUGUAUGUAGACACCUGCUCGUCGAUAAUCUCAUUCUAAAAUCUUGGCCAUUAAUAUGGAGUUGCUCCCCCCUUUGCUGCUAUAACAACAGCCUCCACUCUUCUGGGAAGGCUUUCCACUAGAUGUUAGAACGUUGCUGCGGGGACUUGCUUAAAUAUAUCCACGAGCAUUCGUGAGGUCAGGCACUGAUGUUGGGCGAUUUAAGCCUGGUUCGCAGUCAGCGUUCCAAUUCAUCCCAAAGGUGUUUGAUGGGGUUGAAGUCAGGGCUCUGUGCAGGCCAGUCAAGUUCUUCCACACAGAUCUCAACAAACCAUUUCUGUAUGGACCUAGUUUGUGCACGGGGGCAUUGACUUCACUGGAACUAAGGGGCCUAGCCCGAACCAUUAAAAAAACAGCCUCAGACCAUUAUUUCUCCUCCACCAAACUUGACAGUUGGCACUAUGCAUUGGGGCAGGUAGUGUUCUCCUGGCAUCCGCCAAACCCAGAUUCGUCCAUCAGAAUGCCAGAUGGUGAAGUGUAAUUCAUCACGCCAGAGAACAAGUUUCCACUGCUCCAGAGUCCAAUGGCGGCAAGCUUUACAACACUCCAGCUGACGCUUGGCAUUGCGCAUGGUGAUCUUAGACUUGUGUGCGGCUGCUUGGCCAUGGAAUCCCAUUUCAUGAAACUCCAGACGAACAGUUAUUGUGCUGACGUUGCUUCCAGAGGCAGUUUGGAACUUGGUAGUGAGUGUUGCAACCGAGGACAGACGAUUUUUACGAGCUUCGGCACUCUGUGUUCCCGUUCUGUGAGCUUGUGUGGCCUACCAUUUCACGGCUGAGCCGUUGUUGCUCCUAGACGUAUCCACUUCACAAUAACAGCACUUACAGUUGACCGGGGCAGCUCUAGCUGGGCAGAAAUUUGACGAACUGACUCGUUGGAAAGGUGGCAUCCCAUGACGGAGCCACUUUGAUAAUCACUGAGCUCUUCAGUAAGGCCAUUCUACUGCCAAUGUUUUUCUAUGGAGAUUGCAUGGCUGUGUUCUCGAUGUUAUACAUCUGUCAGCCAGGGGUGUGGCUGAAAUUGACAAAUUCACUAAUUUGAAGGGGUGUCCACAUACUUUUGUAUGUAUGUAUAGUGAUUGGUCUGAGUGAUUUGAGUGGUUGAUCUGUUUGUUCCCUAGCUCCGGGAGCGCUCCAGUUUGCCUUCCUGCUCUCGACAAGAGCUGGAGGUCUGGGUAUCAACCUGGCCACCGCCGACACCGUCAUCAUCUACGACUCAGACUGGAACCCUCACAACGACAUCCAGGUAUCACACUUGGAACCAUCACACAUAGGCCCAAUGCCAAAUCAAGCCCUCUGUCCUAUGCACUUAGUGAAUUUGAUUUGUUUAAGCAAUAUGGUGAAACUUCCACCUAGCCUAUCAGAGGGCAAGGUGGAGCUAUUACCAUAUUGCUUACACCUGUCGAAUCCAAUCAGAUCUCCACACGUGUUUAGCGGUCGAUUUGGGGAUUGGGCCAUUACCAUUUCCUUGUCCUCCAUCAAGAAUGAAAGGUUCAUACAGUUUCUCUUCCUCAUCUCAGGCAUUCAGCAGAGCUCACCGUAUCGGGCAGAACAAGAAGGUGAUGAUCUACCGAUUUGUCACGAAGGCCUCUGUGGAGGAGAGGAUCACUCAGGUAAAGAGGCUGUCACCUCUCCUGCAACAUCACAAUGACCUAUACACAACGUAACAUGGGCGGCAGGUAGCUUAGUGGUUAAGAGCGUUGUGCCAGUAACCGAAAGGUCGCUGGUUCUAAUCCCCGAGCCGACUAGGUGAAAAAUCUGUCGAUGUGCCCUUGAGCAAGGCUCUUAACCCUAAUUGCUCAUGUAAGUCGCUCUGGAUAAGAGCGUCUGCUAAAUGACUAAAAUGUAAAAUGUAACACAACAAAUCUGUAUCAUAGAAAUGACACUUUGUUGAUGGAUCCAAUGAAUGUUGUGUGUGAAACAGAGCCUUGUCUGUCAGCUCUACUCAUUUCUAUGGCCUAAAUUGGCUGAAAGAAAGUCAGUGCAGGCAUUGAAACGUCCAUGUUCUCUCCCUCUCCAGGUUGCCAAGAAGAAGAUGAUGUUGACCCACUUGGUGGUGCGUCCUGGUCUGGGCUCCAAGACGGGCUCCAUGUCCAAACAGGAGCUGGACGACAUCCUCAAGUUCGGCACAGAGGAACUGUUCAAGGACGAGCUUGGAAAGGGGGACAAAGAAGGUAAAAAAAUAAAGUCCCGCUGCUGUAAACAUGGAUGGAUGGAUGGAUGGAUGGAUGGAUGGAUGGAUGGAUGGAUGGAGGGAUGAGGGAUGGAUGGAGUGGAUAGUUGUUGUUCAUCUGUCAAAUCACCAGUCAGUUGGCUUGCAAGUGAGCAAACGAAAUGUCCUCUUUUUGUUUUUGUUACCUACCCACAGCAGGUUACUGGAAGCGUGUUGCAGGUGAACAGAAAACGAGCAAAGGCCAGCAGAUACGAACAGUCAAAUAAGCUGAUAGUUUGUUGUUUAUUACUUGUUAGUGCUUAUUAGGUGAAAUGUUCAACAUUUCUAAGAUGUCUCCCCCCAGAACAUAAUGGAGCAUCUAACCAACUUACACAAGGUUUUAGUUCUGGGUAAACAGAGAUUAAAAACAUCAUAAUGAUGUGAAGAUGUUUAGAACAGAUCUGGUUUGAGAUAAGGUUAUGACAAUGUUUAUAACGCGUUCAUUAUAACGUUUUACAAACUGGGUGGUUCGAGCUCUGAAUGCUGAUUGGCUGAUAGCCGUGGUAUAUCAGACCGUAUACCAUGGGUAUGACAACAUUUAUUUUUUACUGCUCUAAUUUACGUUGGUAGCCAAUUUAUAAUAGCAAUAAGGCACCUCGGGGGUUUGUGAUAUAUAUGGCCAAUGUACCACGGCUAAGGGCUGUGUCCAGGCACUCCGCGUUGCGUCGUCCCUAAGAACAGCCCUUAGCCAUGGUAUAUUGGCCAUAUACCACACCUCCUUGGGCCUUAUUGCUUAAUUAAACCAUGGUAUUGUUAAAUACUUGUUUCUGAUUGGCUUGAAGGGCAUUAUUUCCCUAUAAUGCACAGUAUAUUUGCACGGUAGAAUUCAAUGGCUAUAGUUCAUUCUUACAUGUUCUAUGUUUGAGCUGCUUUUGAAAGCAAAAGUCGAAUUGAAAACAUUAUUGGCAUUGUUGAAUUCAAUUUUCAUUAUGGCAAGCUAGGACUGAUGGUUUGGUUAGCUAAACUAGCAAGUCUGUUUGGUUACCACGGCAACUACUGUAGCUAUCUAGUAAACUUGCUAGCUACUUUAGUGGAUGUUGAACACUUUCCUACCGGCAAAUGAACACAUUUCUAGCAGCAAAUCUGUUAAAUUAUAGAAAUUGUAUAAAAGGGAUAAUCAGCUCGGGGCUCUAUGCGUUCUCUGAAAAAUUACGCGAACACACCUUCCACGUCGUUCAUUAUUUUCCAUAGAACGCAUAGCCCCUCGUUGAUUAUCCCUUACAUCAGGGAAACUCUGUCCUGGGCCCCCCCCCCCCCGGGUGCACGUUUUGGUUUUUGCCCUAUCACAACACAGCUGCUUGAAAUAAUCAAAGCUUGAUGAGUUGGUUAUUUGAAUCAUCUGUGUAUUGCUAGGGCAAAAAACAAAAUGUGCACCGAGGGGGGGGGGGGGUUCAGGAAACCCUGCCUUACAUGAUAAUGUUUAGAACAUGUUCUGAUAAUGUUUACAUGGAGCAUGUUCAUAAUGUCAUGGUAAUGUCCCCCAGGUGAGAACAAGGAGGAGGACAGCCAGGUGAUCCACUAUGAUGACAUGGCGGUGGACAGACUGCUGGACAGGAACCAGGAGUCCGAAACCCCAGAGGAAACUGAGAUCGGGAGCAUGAAUGAGUACCUCGGCUCCUUCAAGGUGGCCCAGUACGUGGUCAAGGACGAGGAGGAGCCGGUAAGUGUGUUUUUUUGACAUAUAUGCCACUUAGCAGACAAUUUGAUAAAAAUUAAAAAUUUUAGAAGGUUGACUCUUUGUUGUAGCCCAGACGUUGUGUGUGUGUGUCUAAUUUGACACGGCACACUUGAUCAAUGAAUAACCUUCGCCCUUCUCUCUCUCUCCAUUCCCUUCCUCCUUCGCUCUUGGCCCCCCUCAGGAGGAGGAAGUACAGAGAGAGAUCAUCAAGCAGGAGGAGAGUGUAGACCCAGACUACUGGGAGAAGCUGCUCAGGCACCACUAUGAGCAGCAGCAGGAGGAUCUGGCCCGCAACCUGGGCAAGGGCAAGCGCAUCCGCAAGCAGGUCAACUACAACGACGGCUCCCAGGAGGACCGAGGUAGUAGACGGGGUAACAACAAGAAGCGCCAACGCCAUUAUUGAUUUACUUACACGUUUUUGUGUGUCUCCCCCCCCCCCCCCCCCCCCCCCCAAACUUUCGUGGAUGUGUGCAUGUGAGAGAGCGAGGAAAGGCAUGGAGGUAUGCGAUGUGUAGGAGCAUGGAGGUAUGUACCUGUAUGUGGAGGUGGGUGUGAGCGUCACUGGUGAAGCCUUAGUAACAGAGUGGUGUCAGGUGCUGGUUUGAUUAUAAUUUACCUCCUGCAUGAGGCAUGCCUCUUUAUCUGUCACAGUUGUAUUGGCAAUUUUGAAUUUUCAUCCAAUUUGCAUUAUCUCUUCAGCAAUGCUCUCUGUCAAACCUCAGAAAGUCUGGUAAAUCUUCAGAUAUGUUAGUGAUCUUCUAUCCCCAACAAUAAUUACAUAUGAUGAGCAGAUAUCUGUUCAAGUCCUUUUUUUUUUAUGUUGGAAUGACAGCUUUCCUUAACUUCUGACGCCUGAAUACAAUGCAUUGCAAUGGUGAACUACUCUACCCACAAUGCAUUGCAAGGCCACCAUGAUCUCAGGCUUCUCACCAAGAGGAAGAAAAUGCCGGCCAUCGCCCCCACAAAAUAUGGCACUUAGCACUCUUUUAUUGUAGUACCCUAAGAGAUGGAAGAAUGAGUAGGAGUGUAUGACUGAAUUGGGGUUGUGUGUUGUGCAUACAUGGUCUGUUUUUGUACCCCUUCCCUCUUUUGAGUUGGGAACCGGUGCAUCUUUCCUUGCUUGCUAACUAUAGACAUACUAGCUUAACCAAAGUCCCAUGUGGUUUGUCAGCUACUCCCAUUCAGGCACUGCGUGUAUGUUUAUCGUGUGUAGGCAAGUUGAGACACAUCACCCCCAUAUCUGUAACAAUGGUUUCCUUCUAGCUCUCUGUACUUGGUCUGUUUUGUCAACCUUUCACUCAAAGUCCAUUUCCUUGUAGAAUAUUCUCCCCCUCUUUGAAUGUUUAAUAUUUAACCCUCCCGUUGUCCUAGGGUCAAAAUGACCCGCCACUGUGUUGAACCAACUUUAUUUAUUUUUUAUUUUUGUGGGAUCAUUUCUGAGAAGGAGGCAGUGAGACUUUAAAGAAAGUAUCACUGCCGCCUCCUCACAAAUGAUCCCAAAAAUAUAAAAAUUAAAUAAAGUUGGUUCAACACAGUGGCGGGUCAUUUUGACCCUAGGACAAUGGGAGGGUUAAAAAAAUAAGUUCAAAUAAGUUUCUGGACUGUGUACUGAAAUUGCUCCCCGUGUCUCUUCUGUCUCUAAGCAGAUUGGCAGGAUGACCAAUCGGACAACAACUCGGACUACUCUGUGGCCUCCGAGGAGGGUGACGAGGACUUUGAUGAGCGAGCAGAAGGUAAGCGAGAGUGUAUGUGGACAGAGAUGGUGUCCCUGUCAGUGGGAUUUACAAGAGAGUGUGUGCGUGUUUGUUUUUGGUUUGUGAAGCUUAAGAGAAUAACUUUUCAUGUUUUCCUUUUUCUGGCGGUGCAGCCAACUCUCGCAGACCCAACAGGAAAGGCAUGCGGGGCGACCGGGACAAGCCACUGCCCCCCCUGCUGGCCAGAGUGGGAGGCAACAUCGAGGUCAGCUGUCAAUGUCCAUCAAUCACUGCACUCUGAACCAAUGCUCUGUAUGAUUCUGAAUGUGUUUGCAAGUUAGCUUAUCUACUGAUGGGCCUACCAACCACUUGUCUCUAUAACAUUCAGUUGCCAUGUUAGAGGUUGGGGGUCAAUCUGUAGACUACCUGUUAACACGACACUAACCCUGCCUCUCUGGUGUUCAGGUGUUGGGCUUCAAUGUUCGGCAGAGGAAGGCCUUCCUGAAUGCAGUGAUGCGUUAUGGGAUGCCGCCCCAGGACGCAUUCACCACCCAGUGGCUGGUCAGAGACCUGCGCGGGAAAGCUGAGAAAGAGUUCAAGUGAGUAACUAACAUGUUAAACGGGUAAAUAAAAAUAGUAAUGCCCUGAUAUGGGUUGAUUUUGUCCUUUUUUUGUUUUUUUACAUCGGAACCACUCAUCUCUUUUCUCCUGUUUCUUUCUCUGUCUCUCUCAGGGCGUACGUCUCGCUCUUUAUGAGACACCUGUGUGAACCCGGCGCAGACGGCGCCGAGACCUUCGCCGACGGCGUCCCACGCGAAGGGUUGUCGCGGCAACACGUCCUCACCCGCAUCGGUGUGAUGUCACUGAUCCGAAAGAAGGUAAACCCCAGUUGCUGUGUGGGAUAGUUGAUCAAUUCAACUGUCAUACUUUUUAAAGUGAAAGAGUAACGGUGAUACUGGUCUUAUGAUAAUAUAUGACCCUGUGUUUCAUGAUCUGUCCUGACCGCGUUCUGACCAGGUCCAGGAGUUUGAGCACGUCAACGGCCAGUGGUCCAUGCCCUGGAUGAUGGAGCUGGAGGAGAGUAAAAAAGCUGCAGCCGCUGCAGCCGGAGCCCACCCCGACUCCCCAGGGAAGACCCCCUCCACAGGGCACGCCUGCAGACACACAGCCCAACACACCCGCCACAGGUACAGACUGCUACAUACUCUUUCACAACCCUCUCCCUGAUCACUACUCUUUCUGCAUUUCCUAUGGCCAAUCUGUCUUUCUCUGCUGUAUUGACCUAUGGCCUGCAACCCCCAUCUCUGCAAGUAGACCCUCUCCUGCGAUAAUGCUUUUAACCCCCUGUUCCCCUCUGUGUGCUCGCCCUCCCCAGCCCCCAAAACUCCCUCCACAGGCACACCCGCAGACACGCAACCCAACACGCCCGCCCCAGGUAAACCAACUCUGUCCCCUCCUCCUCCCUCCUCCUACCUCCACACCCUCUCACUGUUCCAGGUCUCCAACAUGCAGGGUAAAACACUGACCCAUGCACUGCUGCUGCUAUGCUGGUUUUAGUGAAACCACCCUAGAAUAAGAGUGCUUGGUGUGUAACAUGCGUAACUGUCAAUCAAUGCAGAGAUAAACGAUGAUGUUCUGUUGGUUUAGCAGACGAUCCUUCAAAGACUGAGGACGCCGUGAAGGAUGGCGAUAAAGACGGGGAGAAGGAGGACUCCGGAAAGACGGAAGACCCAGAAGUAAAGAAUGAUACACUUGAUCUACAUUGGUCAAUAGACUAGAAUAGGGCAAUGGCUAACCAAAGCCAACCAAUGUAUCAUACUUGUACAUGGGGAUUGAUACUACAGUAUAUAAUUGUUGUGAAGUUUGAGAUUGAACUCCUUUUCCAGAAUGGUUAUGCUUAGUUAGUUCUCUGUGCUUCUGGUUCUAAUAAAUGUUGCUCUCGUUCCCCCCUCUUUCAGAUAAUUGCGAUCCCUGAUGAGGAUGAGAAGACUCCUUCCCCUGAACAGAAAGCGAAGGAGAAAGAGGAAGAAGAGCCCAUGGAAACAGACAAGCCUACCAACGGGGAGGUGGAAAAGAAGGAUGGAGAGACUGCAGAGAAGAGUGCUGAGGGAGGAGAGGAGACCAAGUCUCCAGCAGCGGAGGUCAAGACGGACGUGUCGGAGGUCAAAUCUGAAGAGUCCAAGGCCAAAGGUGAACUUUUCUGUCAAUGUCAUAAUAUAAUAUGGUUCAGUACUAUUUUUCCAGAGUACCAUUUCUAUAAGACUCUUGUUUGAUGUUUGCUAAUGUCCGUCCUCUUUCUCUUCAUGGAUUUGCAGCAGAGGAUAAGACAGAAGAGAAGACCGAAAGGAUGGACACCACUCCUGCCUCAGAGGAAAAGAAAGGUAGCUCCUCUCUCCAUCAUUCGUGCUCGUUUUUCCCUUGUCAGUCGACAAACUGCAGUAAGAACAUACUGUAGGUCCCGUGCCUUGCGUUGGUCAAUGUUUGUCGACGUUUCUGCUUCACUCCAUUCUCUCAUUCACCCCAUUUUUUUUUUCUUCCCUAUCUGGUUCUGUCUGUAGAGCAAAAGGAGGUGAAGGUGGAGGAGCCGGCCAAGCUGCAGAACGGGGACAGUGUGAAGGAGGGAGCAGCGGCCGGAGUCAGCGAGGAGAAGAAGAAAGCCAAGACAAGGUUCAUGUUCAACAUCGCUGACGGAGGAUUCACAGGUAAGACGACUGGAGAGUGUCGAGGGACACACAGGCGCAAACUCAUGCACAGAUCUCAACUCCGUCUCAAUUGAGUUUUGGUCGGUACAUGGUUAAGCACUACUCUUGGACUAAACUGCAUUUUCAAUGGUCUCAAUUUCAAACAAGUCUCAAUUGUUACUUCAGGGAAUCACUAACAAGCUCUUCUCUCUGGCCUACAGAGCUGCACUCCUUGUGGCAGAACGAGGAGAGGGCUGCCACAGUCACCAAGAAGACCAACGAGAUCUGGCACCGUCGCCACGACUACUGGCUGCUGGCUGGCAUCAUACAGUAUCCUUUUAUACCAGUGUUGACAAACUAUGCUGCCCACUGUGGCUCUUUGCAAACAAACAUUAGGACGGCGCACUCGAACUGACAGAACUCAAUGAUUUACUGUCACGUUUUACUGUCAAGUCUUUCUCUUUAAAAUUUGACCGGUACAAUACCGUCAUUGGAAUAUUGCUUCCAGGGUGGACUGCCUGUAGCAGGAUCUGAAUACAUCUAUUAACUAUGACCAGCUUCAAGUAUUAGUGAAAGGUCACAUACAUUAGGCUAAUAUUGGUCAUACCACAAACAGUGGGGCCUGUCUGUUUAGGUUUUCCCUUGACUCUGGUGCCCCCCCAGACACGGUUACGCGCGCUGGCAGGACAUCCAGAACGAUGUGAAGUAUGCCAUCCUCAACGAGCCCUUCAAGGCUGAGAUGAACCGAGGCAACUUCCUGGAGAUCAAGAACAAGUUUCUGGCCAGGAGGUUCAAGGUAUAAAGGCAUUUAACCCUUUAUUAUCCAUUAUCAUUUAUAAGCCAACUCUUUUUAUACUCUACCCCCACCCCCACAUUCCGUGCAUUUGUAUGAAUGUAUUCUCAUCCACCCCUUUCCUUCUCCUCUCCUUCCCUCCCACUAGCUGCUGGAGCAGGCCCUGGUGAUCGAGGAGCAGUUGCGCCGGGCGGCCUACCUCAACAUGUCGGAGGACCCUUCCCACCCAUCCAUGGCCCUCAACACGCGCUUCAGCGAGGUGGAGUGUCUGGCCGAGUCCCACCAACACCUCAGCAAGGAGUCCAUGUCGGGGAACAAGCCCGCCAACGCCGUCCUGCACAAAGGUAGCUAGCCAGCUAGCACUCGCCUAGUACGCCUGGGUCGAGUUCAUUAGGGCACACUGUAGAACUCUUUGGGGCAACGGAAAAUGUAAAUGGUUCUGAUGGUGCCUCCCCAUUUUUCAUUUUGUUUCUGACCGUUUUUUUCUCCAUGUUGUGCCUACUGAACGUGACCCUGUGCAAAGGAAUGAGAAGGAUAGUCUCUUUGCUGACAACAGACCAUAAUACAUGUUAUCAACCUAACCUAAAGUACCUUGAGGCUUAGUUGAACAUUUGUAAAGUUGGCAAGCACUUCCAGGUUCUCAUUCUCUCGCUCUCUUUUCUUUCUCAGUGCUAAAACAGCUGGAGGAGCUGCUCAGUGACAUGAAGGCAGACGUCACCCGUCUCCCAGCAACCAUCGCCCGGAUACCCCCCGUCGCAGUGAGACUCCAGAUGUCCGAGAGGAACAUCCUAAGCCGCCUGGCCAGCAGAGGCCCCGAACCACAGCCUCAACAACAGCAGGUAAGUACCCAGCCCAAAGAGGUGUGUUUGUGUUUUUGUUCACGAGUCUUGUCACGCUUUGUAAUGUGGUUGUUGCUUUCUUUCUCUUUCUACAGAUGUCGCAGCAGUAG